GAUGGCGGCGGCGGCAGCAGCUGCGCUGGGGGCGGAGGAGCCGGAGCUGUGCCUGGAGCUGCUGCCCACCGACCCCCUGCUGCUCAUCUUCUCCUUCCUGGACUAUCAGGACCUCAUUAGCUGUAGCUGUGUUAGCCGACGAUUAAACCAGCUAUCAAACCAUGAUCCUCUCUGGAGAAGACAUUGCAAGAAAUACUGGCUUUUGUCAGAGGCAGAAAAAACGCAGAAGAACAAAAGUUGGAAAACUCUCUUCAAGGACACUUAUAUUGAUCUGGGAAGAUAUAUUCAACAUUAUGCUACUCUUAAAAAAGCCUGGGAUGACCUGGAGAGAUACUUGGGACAGAGGUGUCCAAGGAUGAUCGGAUCUCUGAAAGACAGUGUGGAGGAGCGAGAGCUGGACGCUGUGGAAGCACAGAUAGGGUGCAAGCUUCCCAAUGACUAUCGAUGCUCUUUUCGGAUCCACAAUGGGCAGAAGCUGGUGGUUCCUGGGUUGAUGGGAAGCAUGGCCCUCUCCAAUCACUACCGCUCUGAGGAUUUGCUGGACAUUGACACGGCCGCCGGUGGAUUCCAGCAGAGGCAGGGCCUGAAGCAAUGUCUUCCUCUCACUUUUUGCAUACACACUGGGCUGAGUCAGUAUAUGGCCUUGGAAAGUGUAGAAGGCCGCAACAAGUAUGAGAUCUUCUAUCAGUGUCCCGACCAGAUGGCUCGGAAUCCAUCAGCAAUUGAUAUGUUUAUUACAGGUGCUUCUUAUUCGGAAUGGUUUACCUCUUACGUGCAUAAUGUUGUAACAGGGGGCUACCCUAUCAUCAGAGACCAGAUUUUCAGGUAUGUUCACGACAAGGGAUGUGUGGCGACAACAGGAGACAUCACGGUCUCCGUGUCCACGUCAUUUCUCCCAGAACUUAGUUCUGUUCAUCCGCCUCACUAUUUCUUCACUUAUCGAAUCAGGAUUGAGAUGUCUAAAGAUGCUCUUCCUGAGAAGACUUGUCAGUUAGACAGCAGAUAUUGGAGAAUCACCAAUGCCAAAGGUGAAAUCGAAGAGGUUCAGGGACCUGGAGUGGUGGGAGAGUUUCCCAUCCUCAGCCCUGGCCGGGUGUAUGAGUACACCAGCUGUACCACCUUCUCCACCACAUCAGGAUAUAUGGAAGGACAUUAUACCUUUCAUCUCCUUUACUACAAGGACAGGAUAUUCAACGUGGCCAUUCCCAGAUUCCACAUGGUGUGUCCCACCUUCAAAGUCUCCACAACCCCAAGGGAAACUGGCCAUGAUGAAUGUUCUGUGAUUGAGGAAGAUGAAGACGAGGAUUCCACAGAUUCUGAUGACUAUGAUGGGCCCAGACUGGUCAACUACUCUCCAGCACCAAGCCACUGUCCUCGGCACACCUGAGCCCCAGCACCGGGUGUUUCUGAAGAGUGUAAAUAAAUAACGGGCUGUUCAGUCACAUCUAUCUCCCAGGCAGCAAGCCAGCAGUGGGCCAAGCUGUGGUUUCUACCAGACGUUUAUCUUAGGAGUUGGUUUGGGUUUUUUGUGUUUUCUGUACGACAGAGGAGGGGAAAGGAAGGCUUUUUUUUUUUUUUUUCCUUUUGUCAAAUGGGAAAUUUGUUUUCAAGCUGCGGGGCUGGUAUUACUGCCUUGUUUAAAGUAUUUCAUAUUUGUAAUAUUUACAGAAGCUGGGUAUGUGUGGGGGGAGGUGGGAGGGUUGUUUUUAUACAAGUAUUGCAAAUGUAGCAGCAGUAGAAAGGGUAGAAGCGCAGAUCUAUAGAGCCGCUGCCAUCUUCAGUCCUCGGGUUAUCAUUUCCUGAUAUUGUAAGUAGUAUACAGAGGAAAUACACUUGCAAUUAGGCCUUUUUAGCCCGGGAAGCCAUUUUAGAGGGCCCUUUCCAUGUAUAUCUACCAGAGACACCAGGGACCCUUCAUGGUUGACUUCAGCUACCGGGAACUAAAGUGGUCUUUCUCCCCUUGAAGACAAUCCAUCCUUCAAUUUAAUUUUAGAUUAAAAAAUCCUUACCAUUGCAGUAAUUUUAGAAUGUGAUAUAUUAAAGCAUCUGCUGUGUUGUUCACUGCUAACAGGAGCAAUCUUGGCAAUGACUCCCAUGGUAUAUACAUUUGUAAAUACAAUUUCUGGUUUUUUCUGCUUUAUACACUGUCUUAACUUUGUGAUAAGUGACAUGAAUUUUAUGUUAAGCUAAAUUUGUUUUCCUGAAACAUGGGUUUUUUUGUAAUUAUCAGACUCUGAAUUUGGAAUGAAAUCUUGCAGGUGUUUAAAAUCACAUAUUUAAAAGUAA